AUGGGGGUCGCGAGCCGCGGCCGUCCCGGGGCGGCCCGGGCGCUGCUGCUGCUGUCGCUGCUACUGACGGGGACCGUCCCGCCGAGCCGGGGCCGCUCCACCGGGCAGCCAGAAGAUGUGGAUGAGUGUGCCCAAGGGCUAGAUGACUGCCAUACAGAUGCCCUGUGUCAGAACACACCCACCUCUUACAAGUGCUCCUGCAAACCUGGCUACCAAGGGCAGGGCAGGCAGUGUGAAGACAUUGAUGAAUGUGAAGAUGAACUCAAUGGAGGCUGUGUCCAUGACUGUUUGAAUAUUCCAGGCAAUUAUCGCUGCACUUGUUUUGAUGGCUUCAUGUUGGCUCAUGAUGGUCAUAAUUGUCUUGAUGUGGACGAGUGCCUGGAGAACAAUGGCGGCUGCCAGCACACCUGUGUCAACGUCAUGGGGAGCUACGAGUGCCGCUGCAAAGAGGGCUUUUUCCUGAGUGACAAUCAGCACACGUGCAUUCACCGUUUAGAAGAGGGCCUGAGCUGCAUGAAUAAGGAUCAUGGCUGUAGUCACAUCUGCAAGGAGGCACCGAAGGGCAGUGUUGCCUGCGAGUGUAGGCCUGGUUUUGAGCUGGCCAAGAACCAGAGAGACUGCAUUUUGACCUGUAACCAUGGAAAUGGUGGGUGUCAGCACUCCUGCGAAGACACGGCUGAAGGGCCCGAGUGUAGCUGCCAUCCACAGUACAAGUUGCACACAGAUGGGAGGAGCUGCCUUGAGCGAGAGGACACUGCCCUGGAGGUGACAGAGAACAAUGCCACAUCAGUGGCAGAUGGGGAUAAGCGUGUGAAACGGAGGCUGCUCAUGGAAACAUGUGCUGUCAACAAUGGAGGCUGUGAUCGUACUUGCAAGGAUACUUCAACAGGUGUUCACUGCAGUUGUCCAGUGGGAUUCACUCUCCAGUUGGAUGGGAAGACAUGUAAAGAUAUUGAUGAGUGCCAGAUCCGAAAUGGAGGUUGUGAUCACUUCUGCAAAAAUACUGUGGGCAGUUUUGAUUGUAGCUGCACAAAAGGAUUUAAAUUAUUAACUGAUGAGAAGUCUUGCCAAGAUGUGGAUGAGUGCUCUUUGGAUAGGACCUGUGACCACAGCUGUAUCAACCACCCUGGCACAUUUGCUUGUGCUUGCAACAAAGGGUACACUCUCUAUGGCUUCACCCACUGUGGAGACACCAACGAGUGCAGCAUCAACAACGGAGGCUGUCAGCAGGUCUGUGCAAACACAGUGGGCAGCUAUGAAUGCCAGUGCCAUCCCGGGUACAAGCUCCACUGGAAUAAAAAGGACUGUGUGGAAGUGAAGGGGUUCCUGUCCACUAGUGUGUCACCCCAUGUGUCCCUGCAUUGUGGGAAGAGUGGUGGAGGAGACAGGUGCUUCCUAAGAUGUCACUCUGGCAUUCACCUCUCUUCAGGACUGCAAGAGGCCUAUUCUGUCACCUGCGGCUCUUCUUCUCCUCUCAGGAGCAAACAGCAAAAAUCAAAUGACUCUGCUUUUGGGGAUGUCACCACCAUCAGGACAAGUGUAACCUUUAAGUUAAAUGAAGGCAAGUGUAGUUUGAAAAAGGCUGAGCUGUUUCCCGAGGGUCUGCGACCAGCACUACCAGAGAAGCACAGCUCAGUAAAAGAGAGCUUUCGCUACGCAAACCUUACAUGCAGCCCUGGCAAGCAAGUCCCAGCACCCCCUGGCCGAUCAAGCACCCCUAAGGAAAUGUUUAUCACUGUUGAGUUUGAGCGUGAAACUUACCAAAAGGAGGUGACAGCUUCUUGUGAUCUGAGCUGUAUUGUGAAGCGAACAGAGAAGCGGCUGCGGAAGGCCAUCCGCACGCUCAGGAAGGCUGCCCACAGGGAGCAGUUUCACCUUCAGCUCUCAGGCAUGGACCUUGAUGUGACUAAAAAGUCUCCCAGAACAUCCGAACAGCAGGCAGAGUCCUGUGGAGUGGGUCAGGGCCAUACAGAAAACCAAUGCGUCAGUUGCAGGGCUGGGACAUAUUAUGAUGGAGCACAAGAACGCUGCAUUUUAUGUCCAAAUGGAACCUUCCAAAAUGAGGAAGGACAGAUCACUUGUCAACCAUGCCCAAGACCAGAAAAUCUUGGGUCCUUAAAGACCCCAGAAGCUUGGAAUGUGUCUGAAUGUGGAGGUCUGUGCCAACCUGGAGAAUAUUCUGCGGAUGGCUUUAAACCUUGCCAGCUCUGUGCCCUGGGCACAUUCCAGCCUGAAGCUGGCCGAACUUCUUGCUUCCCCUGUGGAGGAGGGCUCCCCACCAAACAUCUGGGAGCAACUUCCUUCCAGGACUGUGAAACCAGAGUUCAGUGUUCACCUGGACAUUUCUACAACACUACCACUCACCGAUGUAUUCGCUGCCCAGCAGGGACAUACCAGCCCGAAUUCGGAAAAAAUAACUGUAUUUCUUGUCCAGGAAACACUACAACGGACUUUGAUGGCUCCACAAACAUUACCCAAUGUAAAAACAGAAGAUGUGGUGGGGAGCUGGGAGAUUUCACAGGAUACAUUGAAUCCCCAAACUAUCCAGGCAAUUACCCAGCCAACACCGAGUGUACCUGGACCAUCAACCCACCUCCCAAGCGCCGCAUCUUAAUUGUGGUCCCUGAGAUCUUCCUACCCAUAGAGGACGACUGUGGAGACUACCUGGUGAUGCGGAAAACCUCAUCGUCCAAUUCAGUGACAACCUAUGAAACCUGCCAGACCUACGAACGCCCCAUCGCCUUCACCUCCAGGUCAAAGAAGCUGUGGAUUCAGUUUAAGUCCAAUGAAGGGAACAGUGCCAGAGGGUUUCAGGUCCCAUAUGUGACGUAUGACGAAGACUACCAAGAACUCAUUGAAGAUAUCGUUCGAGAUGGCAGGCUCUACGCAUCUGAGAACCACCAGGAAAUACUUAAGGAUAAGAAAUUGAUCAAGGCUCUGUUUGAUGUCCUGGCCCAUCCCCAGAACUAUUUCAAGUAUACAGCCCAGGAGUCCCGAGAGAUGUUUCCAAGAUCUUUCAUCCGAUUGCUACGUUCCAAAGUUUCCAGGUUUUUGAGGCCUUACAAAUGACUGCCCACAUGCCACAAAUGUUCGGCUGUGGGCUUGGUGGGAUGGAGCCGUCUAUCUGCCUUCCACAUAGUCGGAUAUUGCCGUCUCCAGUAUCAGUGACUCAUUAGAGUUAAAUUUUUAUAGAUAAUACAGAUAUUUUGGUAAACUGAACUUGAAUUUUCUUUCCCAACAUUGUGGAAUGGCUUUGAGUAGCACUGACUUCUCACUGCUAUGGGAAGUAUGACCAGAUGUCUCAGGUCCUGCAAGGACUGGCUGAGCUAGACUUCAGUCAGUGCAGGUGAGACUCACCCUCCUUGGGUCUCUCUCCUCCUCUGGAGUCUGUAGUAGUGAAAGGACACCACAGAAGGGCUGCUCUGUCUGAAACAUCAGCUUUCUCCAGCCUGGGGCUCCCUAAGGCAGCCCUCCAAGCCCCUGUGCAGGCUCUGAGCAGGCAAAACAGGCAAGGAGGGAGGGAGGGCGCCAUCCACCCACCCUGAGACCUGAAAGGACUCUGUUUUCCACAGCCUUCUCCAGCCUGUGUGAGAUAAGUUUGAUCUCAGGAGCUUGAGUUCUAAGCUGUGAUCAUUUUUUAAAAAAAUACUGAAAGCCAAAAGAAUUAGAAAUAAACCUAAGCCCUUCUGGAGACUUAAUAGUGUAUACAUGUUGCCAGCUCCCCUCUCCUACCCUGCAGCAAAUGCACACAGCUGGUUUUAGCACCUUUCCUUGUGCCCUCAGACAUGGCUGAGCACCGAAUUAGGGCUUAGAGAGUUUGGGUGGAUGCAGUCUCCUUGGUGGAUGAGAAUUCACCAUCAUCAAAAGGAGAUUUCACCAACCCUGGUCAGUAUAGCCGAGGGUCUUCUUUCCACCACAAGGCUUCCUCCCAGCAGGCACCUGAGGACCACGUGGGAUAUGGGGCCCAGCCUGUCACUUGUGCCUUCUGUCCUCACUCUCCAAGGGCAGGGUGGAUUCUGUUCUGGGCAGUACUGUUCACGAUGCGCUCAUUCUCUGAUGGUAGCAGCACUACUGGGAGCAGCUACACACUGGCCUCUGCAUUUUUAAUAGUAUCACGUUUUUAAACAUUUAAAUCCCAAGUCAGAGUCUCAUUACAGUGGGUAAAAAAGAAUCUUGUCGGAUAAGCUGCCAUUUCCUAACCGAAGAACUGAGUACACACAGACAUAGUGUUUUGUUAUUUCAGUGAUAAUUCUACAUACAAUUUUCUAUACCAAAGUACUAAAAAAAUGUGUAACAAGUUUUUCUUGAAGAAAACAAAGAUGAUUUCAUUAUUAUUGAACAUAUUUU